AACCCGUUGCUGUAUGCUUGUACAAUAUGACAAGACAAAGCAAUUUACAUUCCUUUCAUACACCACAUUCUUAACCCACGCUUCUCUGUAAAACUGUAAACCAACGAAGAAUUUGUCGAGGUCACGGAUGCGUUUUGUGCCAAUAGAUAUACGAAUUAGAUAGAAAAGGAUGUAAUCAACUGAGACGUGCUAUGUUUUGACCAGAGAGUCGUAGAAGUCUGGAAGGAGUUUCCUGUGGUUUGUGUUGCUAAUUAGCAUAAUAUUGGAUAGAAAUGAGUCAUUCCGAAUGAGUAACAAACAUUAUCCAUAAUCAAUCCACAUCUACCGGAAGCGGUAGGGAAUAUGAGGUCGAACGUGUCUUGGCUCUAAACGUUUUGGAUUGCAUUCGGGAACGCAUACGGGUCAGUUCGAGCCCGAAGAAAAGCCGUCGUCUGAACUGACAGGUUACAAGGAUGCCACAUACUUGAAAAUAUUGCCAGAGGAUGGCACGGUUCGGCAAUGAGACUUUUUCUGGAAAAUGUUCAGAUGACCUUCCCCUACUAGACAUUGGUCAUCUGAGUGAUGAAGUCUUUGCCAGCUACACUGGACCAGAUUCUGGACUUACCUUCGCUAUCACCAAUGAAGACAAUGGUAACUCCUCCAUGUCCACCAGCGAGAUCGCUGGAGUCAGAAACUGGAACAACAAAGACCAGAAAGCUUAUGGCAUCUGUAUUUCUCUGUAUGAACAGCAUCCAGUCAAUGGCAAGAUGUCCGGUGAUCCCCUGGCUGAUGCAUUUGCCAUUUGUGCACGGAAGAACAGUUGUGUGAUGUUGAUUGCGGAUGGAGUGAACUGGGGUGAGAAACCAAGGCUGGCAGCAAGAUGUUCUCUCUACGGCAGCAUGAACUACAUCAACAAAAAGAUUUUCCAGGAUGGCGAACAGCCCUGUAAUACUCAGGACGUGAUAGAACUGCUGAGGCGUUCAUUCGAUGAAGCCCAUCGCUGUAUUUUAGCCAAAGAUGGAGGACUCACUACAAUGUGUGCGUGUAUGGUUGUGCCAGUAAAAAAUUCAGAACAUUUUGCUGUAUGUUGUGUUAAUGUUGGUGACAGCUAUGCAUAUGUUAUAAGUCACAAUCAAGGUAUCCGAGAGGUCACAGUGGGGUCACAUGAUAUCAGCUCGGAAAGAGAUAUUCGAGAUGCUGGAGGUGCGCUUGGUCCGGUGAAUGGAAAAAAUCCUGAACUCAGAAAUUUAACAUGUUCUAUCACAUUUGCUAAUCAAGGUGAUGUUGUGUUCUUGGCAACAGAUGGCAUUUCUGAUAACUUUGAUCCAGUUGUAACAAAACUUGCUUUGCCAAGAAGAGAGAGUGAUUCAAACUUUAAUAACCUAUCGCCCACAUCUCCAACAUCAAGUCCAGUCAUUAGACCGGAGAUGGAACCAAAAGAAAGACACAUAUAUGCGAUGAAGGAGAUGGAGCGUAUUAUACAUGAGUAUGAACUAGUGACAGAGGAACCUUGUUCUGCUCAGGAACUUUGUGGUGCGUUAGUGCAACACGUUCUAUCACUGACGGACUCCAAACGAAAAAUAUUAGAAAAUCCAGCUUUAUAUGUAAGACGUAAGAUGACACUGAAGGAUAAGGAACGUAGGGAUUCAGAAAUUGUGGAUAAGAUGGGUAAGGCUCCUGGAAAGUUAGACCAUGCCUCGGUGGUCGGUUAUGAGGUUGGAAUCAUGAAACCAGAUGAAGAGGAGAUGGAGAAUAUACCCCUGGGGUCAUGGAAUGGUGAGGACACCCUGUCACUCCCAAGCUCUACUGACACAUCUCCUUCUCCAACAUCCCCGAUAUCACCUGGCUCCAAGAAGUCGCGUCCUAAAAAAUUGUUUGCUCGUAUACGUAGUCUCAGUGUUAAUACAACUAACAACUCGUCACCAAGUCAUCAUCAUCAUCAUGCCUCACCAGGCUUAUUUCCCAUUUCACCAAAGAGGUUCUCCUUUAAAAGGUCAAGGUCAAAGUCAGAGUCUGAACCAAACACUCCAAUAAGUCCCACCAAUCACUGCCACAAGACAGUUAUGUCCCCCUCCCCCAUGACACCACCGGUUCUUUCUCCAGAGGACUUUCCAAUGCCCCUUCCUGCUCAACACCCCUCACGCAGGAGUAUUUCAUAUGAGUCAUCGGUAUAACUAAAGGUCUGUUUAGGUAUGUUUUAUGAGAUGAAUGGGACUUUACAAAGAUUUGCAGAGGCAUUGAUUUCAAGGUUGUUUACCAUUUGAUAUGGGUAUUAGCAGUAUUUUUUAAUGUAUAAUAGUAUAAAAUGGAGGGUGUAAUUAAUUUUUGAGCAGUCAUAAGACUAUAGUGUUAUCAACUUAAAAUAUGUAAUUAUGCUGGCCAAUGUAGAAGCAUACAGGGUGUUUUAAUGUGGGAAGAAACCAAAGUACCAGAGACAAAACCCUUACAGACAAGCAGAUAAAAACGUUAUGUACCUGAUUAGGAAUUUACCCUAGGUAUCCUGGAGUAGGUGUUGUCAUUUUUCAACAAAAGAUUACCUAAGUAAAAUUUUAUAUUCCGAAUAGCUAGGUUGUACUUCAGUAAUUUUUCUUUUAUAUUUUAAUUUGGUAGUAUUAGAUAAAAAUAAAUGAAAAUUAACAUAAAACCUUAUGGAAGGGAGAUAACUGGAAAUAAAAGCGAAUCAAAAAUUAGAUCCAAGUAAUAGAUAAUAAUUAUGCAUGAGUUUUGAUAUUUGAACAUGCAUUACUAAAAUGUUGAAAGAUCAAAUGAAAUUGUAGCAUUCCAAGUUGAACAUGAAGCUUUCACUAAUCAUCAGCUGCAGCUUUUUGUUUUGAAGAAAUAUUUACAAAAAAGGUAUAAAGUUGAUAUAUUUUGCUGAUAAAAUGGAAAAAUUAAUGUACUUAGAGGUAAUUUUUAUUGUGUGAAUAAUUCUGUCAUAAGGUCUUAUGAUAAACCAACAUAUUCAGUAGUUUGAUAUUUGAAAACACAGUUAUAUGGAUUCUGUUAAACUACACAUACAAUUUACAGUUAAUAUAAUUAUAAUUCAUGCAUAAUUCUUAUAUUCAUUGUGCAUUUUCUGAAUAUGGUUAUCCAAAUACAUUUUAAGUGCAAAAGAAGCUGCAUUUUGUUAUUUGAAUUUGUUUUCAAGUAUACAUGUAUUUGUUUAAAACUUGAAGCUUGUAUUACAUGAACUAUAUAUAUAUGUCCACUUUAUUAUUUAAUUAUGUAUUUACUUCCUGUAUUUAUUGAACAAUUAAGUAUGAACACAUCUAUUAUCUGUAAUGAAAUACACAUGACUAUGUAUAGAGCACUGCCAUGUCUGAAGAAAUCCAUCCCGUAUCAGAAUAUAUUUAUAUUACAUGAUCAUAAGGUAGGUAUUCAUUGCUGUGUGUGAUUUGCUGUCAGUAUAAUACUGGUAUGAUGAUAUCUUUGAGUAAGAAAAUGUAUUAUUUUUUUUGCCAUUUCAUUGUAUAUUGCUGGUAGACUGAUCUAACACCUGAUUCUAAUGGAGGCUUAGCUUCACCACCAUAUUUGGAUAUAAUUGUAAUGUCUAUAUCAACUACAACGGUUUGUAGACUUUGACAUCUCAAAUGUUCUCAUGAAUUUGACAUUGUUUUAAUAUCUUAACCAUCAGCAUCCAUUUAUUUUCAUUCAGAAGACACUAUAUAUAAAGAAUUUUAUAGUUGAGUGCACAGCUGUUAGCUCCAUUCAAUAGACAUUUUUGUGUUAAAUUAAAAGAAGUGUUUUAACUGUAGGUAGUCUACUGUAAAUUAUAUAUAUUAUUAAAAGUGAACAUCAAGCAUAUUAUGAAAGAUACAGGUGCAUGUGUUUAACCUUAGAACAAAUAUAAUGCGCCGCUCACAACUAAACAAUUCUUGGAAGAUAUAUCAAGUAAAAUGUCAAGAUUUUUGUUUUAAUAUUGUUUCUUUAAAAUCAAGAUAAGAAUAAAAUAAACACAUGAGCAUGGUCAUAAAACUGUACUGAAUAUCUCCUACAUAAAACAAAUUUGUUUCCAGUCAUUCGUAGCCUCUCUAAGGUUUUUAUAGACAUGUACAGAGAGAACCUCUCUCUAUAUGAUUCAUUCAAUUAGAUACAAAUUCAGGAUUCUACAGAUGAAUGCCAUUGAUGUAUUUGGUAGUGUGUUGAAAAUUGUCCAUAACUACCGUCCUUUACGCUAUUUGUUUUAUGUAGGAGAUUUUCAGUAAAUAGUGAGACUACACUGCAAGGCUUAAUAUGCAUCUGAGUAGGAUGGAUUUAAAUAUCAAAUAAACAAGCUUAAUAACAACUAAUAUAUAUCCAUUCUGUAUGAGUUAUACUGAUUGUGUAAUCUAUAUAUAUAUACGGGUACAUCUCUCGGUGAUUCUCUCUAAUAAAACAGUAAGGCACUUUAAGAUAGUUUAUAUUUUUGUCUACAGAAAAAAACUGUCUCUUAGAAAUGCUGAAUAAAAAUCUACCCUUCAGCAGAGAUGUAAUAAUGAGAUUGCGGACACUCAAGUUUUCAGGUGAUCUGUUCCUUCCGCAGGACAACAUACAAUACAAACAAACUACUGCCAACGUGCCUGUGAAAAGGAGUUAACACAUGUUGACAAAGGCCAUUGCUAGUACAAUUAAUUUGUAUAUAUAUUUAUUCAGCCGAGCCACAGUUUUGAAAUUAUAUUUUUUAUUUGUAAAUGCAUAUACUGCCCCAAUGUUAGUUUGAAAGAAUUACUUUAAUCAAUCUAGUCACUCCCUACUGAUCUCUGUUUUAUCUACCAUCAUUCACCUUCAGUGUGAUGAUUUUGUCGCAGUGUAUUUUUGAUGAAAACAAAAAAACAAAAAAGGCUGUGUUUUUUUCUCUUCUGAACUAAUUUUCAGUUUCAUAGUGGAAAUAAAUAUUGGUAGUACAUGCACAUUUGUAAAUGCUGAACAGGUUGUUUGUAUGGGAGCAUUCUGCAUUACAUCCCUUAUCACUAGGCUGCCAGUUUGUGCUGCUGGACCAAAACAAAAAUGUCUGGAUAGUUCUAGCAUGUAAUAAACUACUACUUAAGUACCCAGAACAAGUGGUGUUAUCAAAUGGCAGUAUCACAAAGGGACAAAAUGUGAUAGGUUCUCAUUGGAAUAUUUUUUGGUGUUUUACACAGCAAUCAUGUUGAUGUUACCAUUUCUAUGAAGUACAAAAAAGUCUUAAGAUAUUUUUAAGCGAUUUGUUUACCGGUAAUUGCUGAAAAUUUAUUGUUAGAUUGAAAAUGUUAUUGUGCAUUUAGUUUUUAUUUUAUUUCAUACUAUUCAUGAAUUAU